AUGACGACGAUAUGCCAGAUGGGUGCUGGUAUGUACCGUGAGCCGGCACGGCAGUUUCACUCCUUCACCACAAAAAAAAUAGCCCACACAAUAACCAUCACCUCCGCCACCAACCUCACCACAUUUCUCACUCCUUACUCUCUCUCUCUACCCAUAAAUAGCAAUAAAAGUUGGCGCACGUUAACACCCUGCGCACACCUCCCUUCAAAUAAGAAUAAUAAUAAAAGUACCCCCUGUUAUUACCAUUAUAACACCACUAGUAAUAAUAAUAGAAGUAAUAAAAACUCUCUAGGAUUUACGUUUCGUGGAUGCCUUUCAUUGCCCUCUCGCAACUCUAGUUCCUCCACUCGCUUCUCCAGACCCGAUUCGCCGCCUUUAGCUUCUUCUCCCGGGUCGGGUUUCAUGUCCGAAAUGGGAUCCGAGAAUAAAAUCGACGAUGUAGGUUGGUAUAACCAUGACAGCCAAGAUCAACCGCUGUCAACAUCACCGUCUAUGCAGAUUCACAAUCAACAACAGCAACAUUCUAAAUUUCUAACUUUGCCUACCGUUUUAACCCUCGGUCGCGUCGCUGCUGUGCCGCUACUUGUUGCUACAUUUUAUGCGGAUAGUUGGUGGGGAAGAACUGCUACAACAAGUAUUUUUAUUGUUGCAGCAAUCACUGAUUGGCUUGACGGGUACCUUGCACGAAAGAUGAAGUUAGGCACAGCUUUUGGUGCUUUUUUGGAUCCGGUAGCUGAUAAGCUUAUGGUUGCUGCCGCCUUGAUCUUAUUAUGUUCUAGACCUUUGGAAGUUGCAUUGUCAGGAGAAGUACCUUGGCUGUUCACUGUACCCGCAACUUCAAUUAUUGGCCGGGAGAUAACCAUGUCUGCAGUUAGAGAAUGGGCUGCUUCACGGAAUAGCAAACUUUUAGAGGCUGUUGCUGUAAAUAACUUAGGGAAGUGGAAAACUGCUACCCAGAUGAUUUCACUAACUAUCCUUUUGGCUGCUCGAGACAGCAGUCUUGAAGGACCAGGGAUUUUAGUACCUUCUGGUGUCAUUUUGCUUUAUAUCUCAGCAGGUCUUUCUAUAUGGUCUUUAGCUGUAUAUGUGAGUAAGAUAUGGAAAGUAUUGCUGAAGUAGUAUAGCAGCCAUGCUCUGCGUUGCUUAUGCAUGCUCCCGAGGAUGCAUGUGGAUGACACAGACACUUUAUACAUAUCCCGUUUUAAUGCUUAAUCACUGAUUGAGUUCCUCAAGUAGGUGGCGAUUAGGGGGGAAGAUGUUUCUUUUUUCUUGGGAAGUUCCUCAUAUUAAGUUUGCAUCUGGUGUGGAGGCAGACUCCCUGUUCUUUUAGGGCGUUUUCUAGUGUUUUUAAAAUCUCAAAGGCUUCAUGUUAGUUUGUUAUACCGAAGAAUUGUGAGGAGGUAGAUGUUGAAAGUUGAAACAGAAAAAGCCUGAUCAGAGCCAUUGAUAGUGUUGAUCUGAUGCCUCCUGGAUCAUUGAUGCCAUGAGUGGAUGCUGGUAGUAUCACAUUGUAAUUUAUUCGCGAUGGAGCUGAAGAAAAAAUAUCGUCCAUUCCAAUGUAAACAAGAAACAAGAAUUACAGAGAAUUAAGAACUUAAAUAAUUUUCCGAUGUUUUUGUCAA